UGCGGCGCGCCAUGCUGUCGGCGGCGGGCGGCUCCGGCUCCGGGCCCGGCGGGGCUGGCGGCUCCGGGCCGGGGCUCGGCGGGGACGGCGACUUCCUGUCGCGGUACCGGCUGGUGUCGGCCAAGCUGCGGCGGCGGUUCCUGCGCAAGCCGAACGUGGCGGAGGCGGCGGAGCAGUUCGCGGCGCUGGCGCGGGAGCUGCGCGCCCAGGAGAGCCUCCCCUACGCGGCCUGGUGCCAGCUGGCUGUGGCGCGCUGCGCCCAGAGCCUCUUCCACGGCCCCGCCGAGGCGGCCGCGCUGGCCGAGGCGGCGCGGCUCUUCCUGCGCCAGGAGCGGGACCUGCGGCAGCGCCUGGGGCUGCGCGGCGGCUUCGGCGAACACGCGGCGGCGGCGCAGAGCUGCGGCGCCUUCGCCGCCCGCCUGCACCUGGAGCGGGGGCAGCCGGCGCUGGCGGCCGGGCUGUGCCUGGAGCUGGCGGCAGCCCUGCGCGACCUGGGCCGGCCCGCCCGCGCCGCCGCGCCCCUGCAGCGGGCGGCCGAGCUGCUGGCGGCGGCGCGGCUGCCCCUGGAGGCGCUGCGCUGCCUGGCCGAGCGCGCCUCCUGCCUGCUGCUGGGCCGCGACUACGCCGGCGCCUUGGCGGCGCUGACGCGGGCGCAGGCGCUGGCCGGGGCCGGGGCCGGCGGGGCCGCGCCCGGCGGCGCUUUCCUGGACUUGCUGGCGCGCUGCGAGGUGUCGCGGGUGCUGCUGCUGCUGCUGCUGCAGCCGCCGCCCGCCAAGCUGCUGCCCGAGCACGCCCGGACGCUGGAGCAGUACUGCUGGGAGGCGCCGGAGGGCGGCGCGGCGCCGGGGCCCGGCGGCGGCCCCGGGGCGGGCGGCGGGCUGCCGCCGGCGGCGAGCUACCUGCCGGCCGAGCUCUUCCUGCUGCUGCAGUCGGCCGUGCUGGCGUGCCAGGAGAAGGACGCGGAGGCGCUGAAGGCGCUGCAGGCCGAGCUCUGGCCGCUGCUGAGCGCCGAGCAGAACCACCUGCUGCACCUGGUGCUGCAGGAGAUGCUCAGUCCCGCCGGGCAGGGCCUCUGAGCACUGCUGCUGCCGGCACGGACGGGCCACGCCGCGCUCCCGCGGGACCGGUCUGGGACUCGUUGCUCGAGCCACGGUCUGUGUCAGCGCCUCCUUGGCACCACUAUUUAUUUUUCACGCGAGUUCUGUAACAGAAGCGAGUAACAAUUGAGCAGCAAAAGCGAUCUA